AUGAAAUUUGUCAACUCCAAACCGGACAAGAAAAGUUGUGAAUUCGCGUUCCAAGCAAUGCGGUUUGUGCAGGUCAUCGAGGGAGCAGUUAUGACGUUGGAUAAUUUGCCAGCACUGGAUCCAAUCCUUGACAACCUUGGACGACGGCAUGGGAAACUUGAAGUGAACGGCAAAUUUCGAACGUAUUACUGGUCAACGUUCUUAGAAUGUUCGAUUUGUAUUUUUCGUAAAAUGCUAACGAACUGCCGUAAAUAUCCAGACAAGGAUAUCGACAGUGCGAUUAUCCUGUGGAGAUAUUUGCUGAGAGAUGUGAUGAAGAAAAUCAAAAAUGGCUACGACGCAGAUAUUAACAACCGUAUGUCCGCGUUAGCAAUGGAUGACAACAGAAGUUAUUCCUUACCGCCUAAUCGAAAGCAGUCAUAUACCUCUGAAGUGAGCAACGAGUAG